UCAUGGACGGACGUGAACAAUAUUUAUAAAAUUAGUGGGAUAUUAACAUGAAAAUUAUUAGACACUUUAUUAAGUAUUAUAAUUAAAUAGUGUGACAUUUAGAAGUGCAGUUGGCAAACGCGCACUGUGGUUAUUUAUAAAGACACUUACUUUGUGUUUUGAAAAUACGCGCGUGCAUUCCUGGUGAAAGAUUCGAAUAGAGACGGAGGAUGGACGUCACUCGACCAUCAUGCGCCCUCCUUGUUCUACUAGUGCUAUACAUUUUAAACCUCGCAACAUGUAUGAAUGCGAAGAUAAACUUCAGGGAGAAAGAGAAACAGAUCCUGGACCAGAUCCUUGGUCCAGGACGUUACGACGCCCGCAUCAGACCCUCCGGAAUCAAUGGAACUGGCGAAGCGCCAACGUUAGUCCGCGUCAACCUGUAUCUACGAUCCAUCAGCAAAAUAGAUGAUUACAAAAUGGAAUACUCGGUUCAAUUGACGUUCAGGGAGCAAUGGUUAGAUGAGAGACUUAAGUUUAACAACUUGGGGGGUCGCCUGAAGUAUCUCACCCUGACAGAAGCGAACAGAGUAUGGAUGCCGGAUCUCUUCUUCUCCAAUGAGAAGGAAGGUCACUUCCACAACAUAAUCAUGCCGAACGUUUACAUCCGGAUCUUUCCCAAUGGGAACGUGCUGUACAGCAUCCGAAUCUCCCUUACUCUCUCCUGCCCCAUGAACCUCAAGCUCUACCCGUUGGAUAAACAGACAUGCUCCUUGCGAAUGGCCAGUUAUGGCUGGACGACUGAUGAUCUAGUGUUCUUGUGGAAGGAGGGAGAUCCAGUCCAGGUUGUGAAGAACCUACAUCUGCCUCGCUUUACGCUCGAGAAGUUCCUCACUGAUUAUUGCAACAGCAAGACGAAUACUGGUGAAUACAGUUGCCUCAAAGUAGAUCUGUUGUUCAAGAGGGAGUUCAGUUACUACCUAAUUCAGAUCUAUAUCCCCUGCUGUAUGUUAGUCAUAGUGUCCUGGGUGUCGUUCUGGCUGGACCAGGGAGCUGUACCAGCGCGUGUAUCUCUAGGAGUAACUACACUCCUCACAAUGGCGACGCAAUCGUCUGGCAUCAACGCUUCCUUGCCCCCCGUCUCAUACACCAAAGCUAUAGACGUAUGGACGGGGGUAUGUCUAACGUUCGUGUUCGGAGCGUUGCUAGAGUUCGCUCUAGUGAAUUAUGCAUCUCGCUCCGACAUGCAUAGAGAGAAUAUGAAGAAAACGAGACGGGAGAUGGAAGCUGCCGCCAGCAUGGAUGCAGCGUCAGACCUGCUGGACACGGACAGCAAUACGACGUUUGCGAUGAAACCGCUGAUGCGCGGUGGUGUGGUGGACUCCAAGAUGCGGCAGUGCGAGAUUCACAUGACGCCCCCACGGAAGAACUGCUGCCGACUCUGGAUGUCCAAGUUCCCGACGCGCUCUAAGCGGAUAGAUGUUAUCUCUAGGAUCACCUUCCCGCUUGUCUUCGCGCUCUUCAAUCUUGCUUACUGGUCGACGUACCUAUUCCGCGACGAGGACGAGGAGAAGUGAUUCUCCGUGUCUACGUCGGGCGGCGUGGAGGGGGCGCGCCUCGCCGCCGCCGUGCUGGCGCCCUACGCGCUGUUCGGGCUCGUCUACUGCGCGUGCCUGCGCCCGCGCCCGCCCCGCGCGCCCCGCCCGCCGCGCGCGCCCCGCACGCGCCACCUCUGACUCGCCGCCUCCUGUGUACCGCUCGAGUCGAGUGUCGUAGACGAUCUCUUUCUGUAGUCGUCGUCGUUUUGAUAUUCGUCGGUCCCAGGUAAUGACUGGCCUCAUUAGUCGAUGAAUUGUCGCGGUUAACUACUUAAAGGAUCGUUUACGACAUGAGACCGUUUAAGUUGACGGAGCAUAGAGUCUCAAUCCCGUGGCUCCGGGGCCGUCGAGCGGUGGCGCUAAUUUUGCCGGUGCGCUUGCGCAGUCCGCUUCUUUUGGCUCCGUACUUCCUUCUAGGUCAUGAAGGCUUUCACCGGUAUCGAGAAUGGAAACAACACAGAGUGAUCAUUGACAUCAUCAUCACAUAGUCUACUUACACAUUUCGACCUCGAAUUGAUUAAUUAGAGGUUCUGAAAGGUACAUACACAUAUACGAUACAUCAUUUCAUAGAAGCAUUGGUAGAGCAUAAUCGACUUGCCAAAUUAAUUCUCAAAUUUAGACGAACAUUUGGAAUGAAAUAAAUUACUGGAAGAAAUAAAUUUUAGAACAACAUCUAGUAUAAUCUAGGACAACAUCUAGCCUAUAACCUAGACUCUACGGAUUCAUAGAUCACAUCGUUGAAACAUAUUAUCGCGUCAGUUCUAGCAACGUUCUGAAAUUUGGCAUUUUAAAUGUAUGUAUAUUUAUCGUUCAUAUUCAAUCUUCUAUUACGUAUUCAUUCAUUACAUUCAUCACUAUCGCUCAAUUCCGUUCUAUUUGACAGUUCUCAAUUGAAUAAUUUGCCAAUGCCUAUCAUGUAUCUGCCUUCAGAAGUUUUAUAACAAUAUUAAUUUAACUAUUAUAUGACAAACACUUUUGCUUCCAAACUUACUUCUUCAAUCUCUACAUUCAAUACAUUUAAAUUUAAAUGAAAAAUUAGCCAAAAAGACCAAGAACAGAAAAACCAAGUACUCAAAAAGACGAGCUAUCUAUGUCACAAGACGCAGCCUUACAAGCGCGUAGAUUAAUUACAUCAUUUAGUUUAAGGAAUCGCCUUCAUGAUAUUUUUUUUAUUUCAAACAUUGUAAAAAAAUAACAUUCUUUCAUAAUUAUAAAAAUUUUGGAUAAUUUUAUUCUACUACGGUUUCAUGUAUAAAUGAUGGGCUACUUACUGAUAGAAAAAUACGAUAGCUAACUUCGUGCAACGUAAUGUUUAAUUGUCACUGGUAUUAAUGAACUACGCACAUUAAUAAUAUGUCUGAACGGUUAGCGUGUGAAUUUAAACAAAUAAAUUAAGGAGAAUUCGACUAGUUGCGGAUAAGUACAGUUAUCCUUAUAAUAAAUAUAUAUUGCUAUUGUUCAAUUGAUCUUAAAAUUAUUUUCACCAUAUAUUUUAAUAAUUCUUGAUUUGAACUUGAGGUUAUUUUUUUUUUGUCUGUCAUUACACGCCAAAUAUUCUGCCAAUCACUUUUCGUACACAAAAAUAUAUUUAUUUAAAUAUAAAUUUUACUUAUUCGCAACCAUUGUUACUGUGAGGAUGACUUAUGUCAUAUAAUAUAUACGGGUCUAGAUAUGUCAGACUGCAUACAAGCGGUCCAUAGCAUAGAAGCUUCAGAUUAUAUGGACAUCAUUUUAGUAUUAAAUUGAAUUGUGCUAAAAUGAACCAUAAGCCUUUUAUAAUAAGGAUCACUUGAUAUGUAACAGAAUCGAUUUGGAAUUAUGAAUAGAUUUAGGUAUGAAUGACUUAGUUUUAAUAAUAGUUAAAUAUAUUGUAGAAGAUAUUAUGUGAACUCGACCUUUAGGUUAUGGAAUAGAGUUCAUAAUCUCUUAGCAUAUAUAGUGUCCUUAGUCCGUAAUCUUCACAGUAAUUGUAGAUCCUAGUUAUUAUAUAGGUGUCAUUAUGUCUUAUGUUUUAAGAGAAAUGCAUAACCUUAAAAUGAUCAUAUAACGUAGUCGUAGGUAAUGAAUGCGUAAUAUGGUACAUUUUUCAGCACAUAUUACAUAAAAAAUCGUGUUGCCAUGUUUUACCUUUGAAAUAACUUGUAAUCCACGGAAUAUCUACAGGGUAACAAUGAAUCAUAGAGAUUUUAAAAUAAGAUACAUUUAAAAUAAACGAACAACACCAGUUAGUAAUGAGAUUUGAUAAGAUUUCUUCGAAAAGUUAAAUUUUUACGAUUGUUAUUAUGAAUAUGUUUUUUUUUUUUUUUGAAUAUUUAGAAUAAUGUGCUGAAAAAAUUACCGUACGUGUACUGUGAAAGUAGGUGAUGAAAAUGUAUAUACAGCCUACUCCACACCUGUGUCGCUCACUGUACAGUAAACUAUACUAUAAUGCUAUAUUACUAAGAACUAUCUAUGUAUCUAUGUUCACUUCUCACUAUUCGUCACACUGUAAAUAUUAAAUAUAUUUAUAGUACAUCACAGCAUGUGGGUUUUAUAUAAUAUUACCUUUAUAUUUUAGGAUAUAUCGUAAUUGCUUUUAAAAUCAAUUCGAGAAUUACUGAGUAUAUAUUUUAUAUUAUUAUUAUAUGUUUAAUUCGAUUUCUUUGAUCUUAGGGCUCUCCAGGUCGUCUGGGUAGGUACCGCCCACUUAUUACAUAUUUAAAGGUCGAACAGUAUGUUUGUGUUUCUGUUUGAAGGGUGAGUGAGGCAGUGUAUAUACAGGGAUUAUAUCGUAUUCGUAGUUACAUCGCGAUAUAAAUGGUUGAUAUUUCUACAGCGCCAACGUCCGUGACCAUUUACCAAUUGUAGUGAAACUGAAAUAACUAACUAUGAUCAAUUUUCAUUAUAUUUAAAUAAAAAUCCUAGUGUAUAUAUGAUAUCAAAUAUUACUUGUUCAAUUUAAAAAGUUAUUUGCAAAAAUCAUGAACAAGUAUUAGAAAUAAAUCAAUUUUGUAAUUCUUAAUUUACUAUCAAACAUCUUUUACCUCCGUAUUGGGGCGGAGUAGAAUACAUUCCCCAAUCCCAUGUCGGGAUACCAGGGUGUCGUAGGAGGCGACAGAACUCGACAGGUGGUAGGGCCACGGGGCCCGUCUGGCGAAAUACCACCCUCCUGUUAAAGUCUGUUCGGAUUUUGCUCAAUCUGUCUGCGUCUAUCGUGGACUCUUAAACGAUAGACUCAGCUGACUUGAACUAAAAUUCGACUGAUGACAGGAGUGCCAGCACAUGGUCUGGUUUUAUCAAGCGGGUGGUGAGUGACGAGUAUUUAGCUUACUUUUUUAAGAUUUUAAUCUUUUCCUUCUUCACAUUUAAUUUUUUUUUCUUUUCUUUUUUUUUCUUUAUCUUUUUCUUUUUCUCUUUCUUUUUCCUUUUAUCUUUUUAAUUUACCAUUAUUCAUAUCAUCUUCAUUCGAUUUUUUUGUAACAACUUUCUUUUAAUUGUUUAUUAUAACUAAUUUGAAAAUCUUUCUGAAGUAUUCGAAUAACUCGCCGAUCAAUAAUGGAAAGGAAAUUUCGCUGAUAUUGAUAAAUGGAUAGUUUAUGGUUUAGAAUAAGUUAGUAUAAGGUGUGUAUAUAUUAUUUUUUACAAACGAGAUUAAAUUUGGUCGAACCUUAAAAUUACCAAUAAUUAAAAAUGAUUCAUGUUGACAAAGGAAGUUGUUUAGUUAAAAUAGAUUUUGCGCCGAAAAUCUACGGAAUCACGUCUAUGAAUCUUACAUUAUUCAAUAUUUAAUAUAUAACAGUGGGAACGCACAAACUUAAUUAUAUUUCUAGAGAUAUAUUGUAAAACCAAUUAUAUAUUUGUUUAUUGUUUGUACAUUGAAUAAUUUUAAUUUUGUUCUCUCUCUAAGCUCCGGUUCACUAGUUCAAACCUAGUGAACGGAUUCCCCGCAAAGUGGUUGCAGCGACGAUGAAACUGACAGGUCCGCGUAUGUUAGGUCUUCGACUCACAAUAUAUCUAUAGACAAUAUUCAUUUUAAACAUUGUUUAUUGAUUUACGAUUCUUGUUAAUUUCUCUAAAUUUGUCGUCAGCUGGUUCCCAAAAGUUAAGUGUAAAUAAUUUUUUUUUUUUGUUUUUUACUUUGUUAUGACUUUGUGUGCGACACUAUCUUGCGCUUGAGUCGUAACCACACAUGGGAACCAGGUGAAUGAUACUUUUAGAUUAUUUGAUUAUUUUUUAGUUUAUUAUUGGACAGUAAUUACUUAUAAUUUCUUGUCCGUUUUUAUUUUAUAUUGAGAUUCAUAGCAGUGAUAAUGUUUAACUGAAUCGCUUUCGAUCUCGACAUGGGUAAUUUUUAAUGGGUGUAUGCGGACGCCUUACUCGCAACACUCCGAUAAAAAAUUACAUUAUAAUUUUUUAUUGGAUAUAUACAAUACUUAUUAGGAAACAUUAAUGAUAUGUUAAAUAGAAAAGUGUAAAAGCUAUUGGAAAUUAUUUGAUAUAAUCAAUUUAUAGCGGGCUAUGAAAACUGUUCACAAUGCCUGUCAACAGGUUCUGCAUUUAUAAAUAAUCCUAAGACCCAAAUUAAGAUGUAUAGUAUUUGCAUAGCCCUGUAUUGUUGUGGAUGUGUAGCGGCCCCUUAUUUAAUAAAUACAUUUGAUUGACUUGAUGGUAACAUUAUAUACACUUUUUUAUGACAUAUUAUUAAGCCGUUUAUUGACUUCACCUUAACAAAGAUCGCACGCGUUGAAAUAGCGUGUUCGUACUUCGUGUGUUACUGUACACUAAUGCGAGUUAGUCUUUGCAACAGUUUACGUAUUAAAUACACCCUAAAUUAAUUAAAAAAGCACUUAUUUAACGCGUAAAAUAAAAGGAAAUAUAUGUAAUAUGAAAAUAAAACAAUCAUGUUGUGAUGCAUUAUAUAUUUAAGUACGAUACCAAUGUAUUAUAUCACUAUUGCUGUGUUCCGUUAUAAUAGUAAUAAAUAAUUAUAUUAAGACACGGUUAUAAAAUUUCGGAAGCCAUUUUGUUUUUGUUUUCUAUGUAUCUUGCUCAUUUCACUCUUUCCGUCCCUUUAUUUCUACAUUAUUUGUUAGAUUGUUUAUUGAGGGGCAAAUGUUUAAAACUAAAAAAACGUUUAUGUUUUAUAAUUAUAAUUUCAUUGUUGACAAAUAUAUGUUGUCAAAUAAUAAGGUUGCAAGUAUGAAGUUAAUUUAUAAAAUAUAAUAAUAUAAAGUUUUAAUAAUACACUUAAUGAAAUCGGUGUCUAAAUGUUAUUAAUUAAAUAUCACAUCAAGUUUAAUAGAUAUAAUAGUUAAUUUUGAGUGCAAUAUUAACGUUAAAAUGGCGAAGUUAAGAAGUAGCCCAUUAUAGUCAAAUCCUGUAGUUGAAUGUGCGAUAUAUAUUUAUUAAGAUAUGUUUGAGUUUGAUAUUCUCGGGCUGUGAUGAAUAGUUAAAAAAAUUCAACAUUUUAUUUCAAAAUCAUUAUAAUGACACUGGCAACAAAAUAAUUUAAGCUUCCGGAUACAUAGUCUGGUCACAUUAAUCUGAAAAAAAAAAAUCAAUUAGGUCAAUUAAUCACUUUUAAAAACAUCGUCAACAUAUCGAUGAAUUCAUUAUAUUUAAUAUCGAUAAAACAACACUAUACACAAAUUGUAAUCGAAAUGAAUCUAGAAAAUUCUAUAAACAUCUAUGUAAUAUUUUUUUUUAUUCAUAGGGAAGGGAAUUGCAUAAUUUUUUUAUGUAAUGUUGCCGUUGUAACUUUCUACCGGAGUUUAAUAAUGCAAGCGACAUCAUUGUAUUAAUUUAAUUAAUUUUAAAGGAAUGUUGUAACGAGAAUGAUGCGGAAUGGACUUUAUUAAAAUUAUACCCAUCUUU